UGUGUAUGUGUAUGUGUGUGGUACGCAAGUGUGGAGGUUACCGAUCAAAGUCUCGUGUCUAAGACGAAGACACUUGUCGUGCAGCAAGUUGCGUGACUCGCCGAAGAGGGGUUUAUCCGCGACACACGAAGGAACGGAAAUUCGUCGAAGGGAAAGAUGGCCAGCACGGGAGAUGAUGGUAGUGAUGCCGCCGCCAGCGGCGGUUGUUGUUCGAUCGUGAAGAAGCUCGGCUUGCGACCGGUCACACGAUGCAACCUCGCCAAGUUCUACGCGCCGGCAUUCGGCGCCGCCUCGUACACCGCGAUGUCCGUCAACGUCAUGAACCCGAGUCUCGUCAUCAAAGUAUUUCCUAAGAGGGACAUAACGAAUUUUUUACUGGCUGGCACAUUGCUUGGCACGGGGUCAUACAUUUACACACGUGAACACAUGAAGACCGCACCACAGUCUGUGAGAAUUCUGUAUAGCACUACUGGGGCGGUAUUAUUGAGUCUGGGAUCAGUCUUACUAUGGGCGGUGCUACGUUCUAUAGUGCCGCCAAGUCCAGUCUGCUGUACGAUAGCUGGUGUUGGCACUGGAGUUGCAUUUCUGAAAGUUGGCUCGAGUUAUCUCGAGUUUGUAGAUGGGCAAAUCGCGAAAAAAUAGGUUACUCUUAUAUGCUUUUUACUAUCCUUUUGUUUGGAAUUUAUAUUUUAAAUUGUUACAUGAGAUAAUAUUACGUCAAACGAGGAAUACAAUAACUUUGGCUUGGUGUAUUUUGAGCAGCUACUCAAGAAUAUCUAGUGAAACUUUAAUUUCACACGAUCGGAGAUUAUGGAGAGCAUAGUUCGAUAUUUGAUUCGAUAUCAGGUCUUUGAAGUUCUUUCGAGAAAUUUUUUCGCAAAUUGUUUGAAAGUAAGUAAGUAAUUCUCUCUCUUUCCGCCACGAUUUUUUAUAUACGCGAAUUCCUUUUUAAAAGCGAAAGAACAGAAAAGCGCGGAUAUUCCAAUGAAAAUCUGAAUUGUCACAUUGCACAAAAAAUGUGAUAUCGGCGACUCUCCGAGUGAGAAGAGAUUUUACAUGCGGACGCGUUAAGGCGGUACGCUUUUCACUUUGCUCGUCAUUCACGACGUUUGAUAAAUUAUUCAUUACGUAAGGUACAUUGCUCCUGCACAGAUAAUGCACUAUGGAAACUGAAAUGAAAUCCUCGUAUUCAACCCGGCACGUUUAGGAAGCUGGGAUGUACGAGCAUUGUUUAUCUACAAAUAUGUUUUGUAGAUGUUUUGUAUGCUGUACAGCGUUCAUAUAAGAAUGCGUCGUCAUGUGUAGAUAACUGUCACCAUAAAUAUACAAAUAUACGAAUUGUGACACAAUAGAAAAAAAACAAAAUAAUGAAUUACGAAUGUGUCUCCUUUGUCACUUGCCUGAAUUCCAUUUGUUUUGCACUUUUAAGUAGGUAUAUAUUAAGUAGAUAAAUCUAAAGAUAUAUUUAAACUAAUUUAAUAGCGCUUGAAGUUAUUCGAUUCCUUGCGCAAAUUAUUCUAUAAAAUAUUCAAAUAAUGAUUUUCAAGUAAGCUUCUCGAUGGUUUGAAAUAAGUCGAAGGUGCAUGAGUAAGAGUUGAAAACUUGGGAAGUCACGAGUUCGCUUCUCAAGACAGCGUAUUAUCCUCUUCUCGUGACCUCACUGUGAAAGGCGUUUGUUUCUUCAAAACUAUUAUCGUUUAUUUACGCGUGUUACUGCACCCUCGUGCGAUUAUGGCGAGCACCAAGUCAGAUAAGGAGGGGCCUCGAAGUUUAAUGCAGACAAACGCAAAGUGACUCGCUGCGAUACUUCAUGCGAGCAUAAAUCUCACCACCAUUCGAUUUCCAAUAGUUGUAACACAAAAAAAUAUUCAAUUAAGUUUAAUCAUUCUGUACUGUAGAUAAAUCGAUCGCGUACUUUCUGGUACGACUAAUACUUUCAAAAUUAUAUAUACCAUGAGAAAUUCGCAAUGCAAAUGGUCCAAUCGCUUACUGACCACAGACGUGAUUGAUCGACGAGAUUUGAAUCUUGAUAGCUUAUUUAGCGACAUAUAUUACGCGUUUGAUGCGUUGCAACCGUACGAGAAAUACGAUAAUUUAUCUCGUUAAGAUGACGUUCCGGAUGUCGAGAGGAGACGUACGGGGGCGAUUUUACGAAGGGUCCUAUAUACAAGAUGUCUGAGAUUUAUUUUAUUCACAUCGGUAUUCUUUAAUUUGAAAUAAAUUUAUCCUUGGUAAGAGGAAGAUCGAGAGUGCGAUGUAGUUCCUGAAGAUAACGAGCGAUUUUCAUAAGAAGCCUGGAAAUCGGGCUCGAUGGAUGAGAUUUUAUUUUUCGUUUGGUUUUAGAGAAUAAGGACACCCUGUAUAAGCAGACGUUGGUCGAUCGCAACGUGGUGUAACGUGCCUUCUCGUGCCUUGUCGCAGCCACUAUUGUUUCGUCGCGUCGCAAAUAAUGACACGGCAUGCUUUCCAACAAUAACCGUUCUCAACGGGAAACCCAGACGAUGAUUACGAAAGUACAUAGUUUUCGCCUCAGGGGAAGCACGCGUCUAUUUUUAUCAUCAAUCUCCGCGAAAGUAGAUGUCGAUUAGGUUGAAGCCAGGUUAAUCCCCGGGUGAUCCUCCCCUUCAUAUUCAAUUAAUUAACUUUUUACAAAAGUCUAAAAGAGAAGGCAAGAGAUUUAAUAAAUGUUGGAUCUUGAAGAGUGUAUCGAGUGUAAAACACGAUUUCUUUCUAUUC